AUGGACUGAUAGACAUAUCACGAUCGGGCUUUACUGACUACUACUGAAAUAAUUGAAAUACCCUUGGACCAAGGAUGCAAUAGACAUACAAAGAAGCACCGUGCUAUUGAUUGGAUUUCCAUUACACCAAGCUUCACGAUUCAUAAAUUAUUGGCUGGGAAGUACUAAGGGCUGCAUAGAUGUGGUGAAGAAAAAUAUACUGCUGCAUUGGCUGGAUAUAUAAGCAAUCACAGCCUAUAAGCCUGUACAUACGAUAAGAGGAGCAUAGCAUAGUCUAGAUAGUACCAAGUUGGAAUAAACGCACCUAAGAACGGACCUGUUUACUUCCUAAUUGUGAGAUUUGGAGUUCGUUAGUCAUUUUACAGUCAUAUAAAGUCAUACUGCCACUGUUCGAAUUAAAAGGUUACGGAGGCAAACACACAACAUCUGGGUGCAGGCAGGGGUUUCUAAAAUUACACAUCAGGUAUCAAGCUAGUGAGCAUACCAUAAACUAGGCCAUCGAUUCCAGCAGUAAUUGUACCCGGGCCAUAAACUGUAUUUAUUGGAUCAGAAACUGAAAAGGAUUACAACUUUUAUUUGCCGGAUUUUACAGUACUAUAAAUGACCUAUAUACUAUACUGUUAUAUUCAAACGUUCAUAUAAUAGACCUUAAGGUCAUACUAAAGGUCUAAACUUUUCUUACAUACUAGUGAGGCUUUCAAUAUUAUUACGAUUAGUUAAGGCUUUCGAUAAUCUAACGUAGAUAUACAGAGGAUUCAGGAUUCUAUUAAAUAGGUCUUCUUAUAAUCAUACAGUAAAGGAUCUUUGAAAAAUAUUGCCGCAAAGGUGUCGUAAAAUAAGCAGUCAUGUCUAAAGACGAGAAAGGAUACAGCUACCAACCUGCCCCUACAUCAGAUGCAGCGCCACCCCCAGAAUACCCUACAGCUCCCCCACCCUACCCGACACAAUAUACCCCCCAGCAAGGUGCUCCCUUUGCACAAGGUCCACCAGCUGGGGCUGAAAACAAAGACUACCCACCCGUUGGGAGUCAGUAUGGGGCUGCACCACCGCCGGGGGCUCCGUACCCCCCAGGGCAGCAAUAUCCUCCAAGCCAACAAUAUCCUCCAGGCCAACAAUAUCCUCCAGGGCAACAAUAUCCACCGGGGCCUCAGUACCCUCCUGGUACCAAGUAUCCAGGGGGACCACCUCCAGGGGUACAAUAUCCUACAGGACAAUAUGCACCUCAACAUCAGGGUGGUGUAUAUAAUCCUACCACCCAGCAAGUUGUGGUCACGACACAACCUGUAGGGGGCGUCACAGUGAUAACCAAUGCGGCACCUCCUAACUAUUUGGCCUGGUCCAUCUUCACCAUGUUGUGCUGCUGUUGUUGCAUAGGUAUUGGGGCACUCGUUACAUCAAUUGCUUCUCGAGAUGCAGCUAAUCAAGGAGAUUUCACAAGAGCACAACAGAAGAGUAAAACAGCAAGAACCCUGAACAUUGUUGGCUGCAUCGUUGGAGUUUGUUUGUUUGCACUUAUCUUUGUAUUAAGAGCAGUGGCAUUCUCGUCCAAUUUUUAUUGACUUCAGACAGAUCCAAUGAAAUACCGAUAUGAUUCGGUCACAUUUAAAUAUGGAGCAAGAAACCUGAUAUUAUAUAUAUUAAAUGGUAUUGUAAUUUCUCUAAUAUAACAGAGAAAGAAGAAAUAGACUUACUCUCAUAACAUAAUAUUAUUAAUUUUGAUGAACUGAUAGACGACACGUAGUGAUGAUGUACUGGAUGUAUACAAUACGCAUGGAAAAUGUGAAUACUUGACAACACAUUGACAAUCACAAUUAAAUGUAUAGAUAUAUUCAAGUAAUGAUGAAAAAGACAGGUGAAACACUGGGAUCUAGAUUGACCUAAAUGUACAUUAAGUCCUUAGACAUAACAUG